UUACUUAUACCCCGAGCUUCUCGGCGUAUGGUUCAGUUUCGAGGUGGUUUUCUAGCUGUUGACUUCUCCCGUCGCUGCUUUGGAAUUUCUCGUUAGGAUGUCUCAAGCUUCGUAUAUUCGAGAUAUGAUGUCGGACCCUGCACCCAAUCUGGCCACAGGUCCCAGCGAAGUUGCAAGUUUUUAUGCAGGCAUGAACGUCUUUCUUACUGGAGGUGCUGGGUUUUUGGGAAGACUUCUGAUAGAGCGCAUUCUGCGGUCAUGUUCGGAAGUAAGCACUUUGUUUCUGCUUCUGCGAGCAAAGAAAGGGAAAAGCCCGCAAGACAGAUUCAAGGAACUCUUUGACGACGUGGUUUUCGACCGACUGAAGAGAGAGAAGCCUGGAUUUGCUCAAAAAGUUAGAUUGAUCGAGGGCGACGUGGGGCAGAUCGGUUUGGGUUUGGCGCCGGAGCAAAGGGAGCUGCUCCGAGCCACGAACGUCGUGAUACACGGUGCAGCCACCGUAAGGUUUGACGAAACUUUACGGACCGCCACCAACAUCAACGUCAGAGGCACCAAGGAGAUGCUGAGACUCGCGAAGGAAAUGCCAAAUCUUAAGGCAUUCGUCCACAUCUCAACAGCCUACUCGAACUGCGUUCGCGAGUUCAUCGAUGAAAAAUUCUACCCACCACCGAUCGACUCGGACAAAUUACUCAAUCUCGUGGAGAUAUUAGAUGACGCCCCCCUCCAACACCUCACGCCGGUACUCUUGGGUAAGUAUCCGAAUACGUACGUCUUCUCCAAAGCGGUCGCCGAAGAUAUCAUUCGUCGCAACGACCACCGUCUGCCGGUCUGCGUGGUCAGACCUUCCAUAAUACUGGGGACUUUUAAGGAACCCAUCGCUGGUUGGAUCAACAACGUCUACGGUGCCACCGGAAUAGUGGUUGGGGCUGGAGUUGGAUUAUUGCGAACUCUUCACUGUGACCCGGAAAUGAUCGCCGAUUUGAUUCCCGCAGACUACGUAAUCAACAAUGUCAUUGUCGCUGCAUGGGAUCUCGCCGGAGUUCGAAACUCGAAUGUCAGUAACGCAGAUAGUUCAAAGAAUCCGGAGAUUGAUGAACCUCCGAUCUACAACGUCGUAUCAUCCUGCCAGAAACCUAUCACGUGGGGUAAAUUCAUGCAACAUAUAGAAGAUUUUGGACUGCAAAUUCCAAGCAUGAUGUGUAUAUGGUAUUACUGCUUCAGACUUAACAAGUAUGAAUGGGUUCACAAGAUGUACGUAAUUUUUCUCCACCUUCUUCCCGCUCUCAUUGUCGACAGUGUGGCUCGCAUUGUGGGUCGUGAGCCCAUGUUAUGGAAAGCUUACAAGAAGAUCCACAAAUUCAGCGCCGUGAUAUCGUAUUUCGCGAUGCAACAAUGGCGCUUCAAUAACGACGGUGUUAUGAGACUGUCGGCGAAACUGAGCCCCGCCGAUCAGAACCAGUUCGAGUUAAGCAUGGAGAACUUCAGCUGGGAGGAAUUCAAUUAUUAUUCCAUACGUGGUGGACGUAUUUAUCUCUUGAAAGACUCAUUGGAUACUCUACCCAAAGCAACUGUUAGAUAUGCAAAAUUGCGGAUGGCUCACUACGCUGUGGUAACAGUGAUAUGGGGAAUGAUUUUCUGGUUGCUAUGGACAUUCAUUAAGGUUUCGGGCUUAUGGUAACUCCGAUACUCCUGUGCAAUUCGACUACAAUGACCAAAAUUGAGUAUUCCGCGGGUUUCCCAACAUUCAUAUAUCUCAAGAAUUUAUAUAUAUUGUAAAGGGCACCGGAAUCAACACUCAA